CGCACCGUAUGAAGCGAGUCUCUUAAGAGUGCAACCAGGCAGAAGUAAGUUCUCGGCCUGUGAAAAUUUUAACCCCCCCCCUCUCAAUUCCAACACUUACGGUUGUCCAGAGAAACGGAAGCCAGGGGAUGUCAUGUGAUGUAAACAUGGCGGAUUGACAGUAUUAGAAUGCAAGAAAAACGAUAUAGGUGUAAUCAUACUAAUCGGGAGAAUGAAGUUCUUAGAGGAUGACAAUCUGUAUGUCUGGAGCGAGAGGAGCUGAUGGCGAUCGCUGGAUGAUACUGCUGUAAGCUGACUCCAAGCCUGUCCGCGCGAAUCAUGAACGCCAUUGUAGCUCUCUGCCACUUCUGUGAACUUCACGGACCCCGCACUCUGUUCUGCACUGAAGCUCUGCACUCACCCCUCCCUCAGGGAGCGGCCUACGGGGAUAGCCUGGGUCAGGGGGACCAGGUGGAAGAGGAGGAAGGAGGAAUUCAGAUGAGUAGCAGGAUCCGUUCUCACAGUCCUGCAGAUGGCGCCAGUGCGGAGUCUAACAGCCCCAGGCUGAAGAAAUCUGAUAUGUGUGAGGGCUGCCGGUCUUUGGAUGCCUGCCACCCUGGGUAUAUCAGUCAUGACAAGGAGACUUCCAUUAAAUAUGUCAGCCACCAGCAUCCCAACAAUCCUCAGCUCUUCAGUAUCGUGCGGCAGGCCUGUGUACGCAGCUUAAGCUGUGAGGUCUGCCCUGGCAGGGAAGGUCCCAUUUUCUUUGGGGAUGAGCAACACGGUUUUGUUUUCAGCCACACGUUCUUUAUCAAGGACAGUCUGGCCCGGGGGUUUCAGCGCUGGUACAGUAUCAUCGUCGUCAUGAUGGACAGGAUCUACUUGAUCAACUCCUGGCCUUUCCUUUUGUCCAAGAUCAGAGGGAUUAUAGACGAGCUUCAAGGGAAGGCAUUAAAAGUGUUUGAAGCGGAGCAGUUUGGGUGUCCACAGCGGCCCCUUAGAAUUAACAUGGCAUUCACACCUUUUUUGCACCAGAGAAAUGGCAAUGCGGCUCGAUCUCUGACAUCGCUCACCAAUGAUGAUAAUUUAUGGGCCUGUCUGCACACGUCCUUUGCCUGGUUGCUGAAGGCUUGUGGUUGCCGUCUGACUGAGAAGCUGCUCGAGGGGGCCCCCACAGAGGACACUUUGGUGCAGAUGGAAAAGCAGGCAGACUUGGAAGAGGAGUGUGCAGCCUGGGAGAGUCAUGAAGAAGAGGGUCAAUCCUGGUCUCCACCUGAAGUUCUGGAGGGAAGAGAGCUGUCCAAAUGCCAUACAGAAUCCUCCACCCUGUCGGAUUGCGGCUGGAACAUGCGGAGGACAGCCGUGUUCCGGUCUUUGCGGCACAUGAGACAGGUGCUCGGUGCUUCCGCCUUCCGCAUGUUGGCCUGGCACAUUCUCAUGGGCAAUCAAGUCAUUUGGAAGGGACAGGACCGAGAGCUCAUCCAGUCUGCCUUUGAUGUCCUGCAGGCCAUGCUCCCCGUGGGCUGUGUUCGUGUGAUCCCAUACAGUGAGAAGUAUGAAGAUGCCUAUAGGUGCAAUUUCCUGGGACUGAGUCCCCAGGCAGAGAUCCCCCUGCACGUGCAGUCCUCUGAAUUUGCAGUCAUGAUUGAUGUCCGCACGGCUCCAAGAUCCAACCUGUACCCCGUCUUGUUUGUGGACGACGAGCCGCUCAGCAAGUAUGAGUUUGCUGUGACGAGUGGGAGCCCCGUGGCCACAGACAGGGUGGGAUUGACCAUCCUGAACAAAAUAGAAGCUGCUCUGAGCAACGAGAACCUGUCCAUGGACGUGGUGGAGCAGUGCUUGGUGUGCCUGAAGGAGGAGUGGAUGAAUAAAGUGAAAGUGCUUUUCAAGUUCACCAAGGUGGACAGCCGCCCCAAAGAGGACACACACAAGCUGCUGGGCAUUUUGGGAGCUUCGGAGGAGGACAAUGUAAAACUGCUAAAAUUCUGGAUGACCGGCCUGAGCAAGACCUACAAAUCGCACCUGAUGUCCAGUGUCCGCAGCCCCACCUCGUCGGAGUGUCGGAACUAAGACUGCAACCUGCGAGGAUAGGGACGUGGACCUGUAUACUGAUUAACUCGGAGGGCACUCCCCAGCGGUCAUCGUGAGGGUUACUGUUACAGACACAGUAUGAAGACCUGGAAUAAAUGUGUGCCCUGGUACUAAAUACAGCCCCCUGUACUGUAUGCAGACAACCGCCAGGGCCUGCUUACAUGUAUGCUACUACAUUCAGGACUGCCCCCCAUAUAAUGACCUGGAAGACUUCAGAGAGGACACGGCUGUCAGCAGUCCUCCAUAUAUCUGCAUCGAAAUGUAGCCUUCUAGAAUACCGCAACACCUGGACCUGUUGUUCUGCUGAACUGGACUUGUAUCACAUAGAACCUACUAGUGCUCCAGGUCUUGCAUCUGUAUUAUGGCCUAUAAUGUUGGCCCACUAUGUAAAUCCCUUGCUUUUACCCAUUUUUGGCUCUUGAUGUGUUUCUUCACCAGUCACAUCCAAAGCUGAAUUCAGAAUUCUGCAGAUUUGCUGUAACGGAGAGCAGUGCAUUGUGGGGAAUCCGGAUGAGCAGUAAUAGGAUGUCUCUAGACUUUUGUACCGCCAUAUACUGUUAGGUCAUGUGUCUGACACGGGGUGGAGCUAAACAGUUGUCUGUUUCCAAGGGCAACCAGAAGAAUUCUGACAGCAGCUCUGUAUAUGAAAUGUAAAAACAUAAAUCAAGUCAAUAACUACAAAAUCAGUGAAGAAAAGAACUUGCACUGUAAGGCUGUAUUCACAUCUGCAUUGAAGGCGCUGUCGCAUGUUCGGUCAAAAAUGCUGCAGAAAAUAGGGCCCAUAUUAGUGGUCGGAUCCCGUUGGGUGCCGUUCAUGUCGGAUUCACAACUUUAUAAAGAAGUUUUUAAAGUAACUUUUCUUCAGCACUCUGUCCAGUACGGAUCAAGGAAAAAAAAUCUACUAAGCUUGAUUCUUAAAGGGAUUCUCCAAGACUGGGAACCAAUGGUAUAGUAAAAAAAAGCCUGUUCAGAAGGGUUGUGUGUCCAACACUAAAUCUCCUUUCUCUGUCAGUUCUUGUCCCCGGUUGUACAUAGUGUGCCACGUGGUCUACAUGCACAUCAUUACCGUGACCUGUGCACUUCUACACGUGACCAAGGUCACCGCUGAUUGGCCAGCACCGGUGAAGUGCAUGUGCACGGCACGUCAUACCUCUGGUCCACCAGGGUCUAGAAGAUGGGAGUUUUUUUUUUUUUUUUUCACGAUGCCCCCGGACCACUGAUUCCUAGUCUCAGAGUCCCUCUUUAAGGGUGAUUGUGGGGGUCCGACUUCUAGCAUUGCCACCAAUCAGCUGUUUGAAGAGGAGCUGGUGAGAUCCACGGCGUCUUCCUAGGCCAGUGCCUGGGCUGCAGUACCACACACAGUCACUAUACAGCGUAUGUUAUGAGGUGGCAAUACCGCGGCUUCUUCAAACAGCAGAUCGGCAGCGGUGCUGGGAGUCAGACCCCCACUGAUCAAAUACUAAUGACCUAUCCUGAGGAUAGACCAUCAAUACUGAACUACCGAAGAACCCCUUUAACCCGUA